GUAAAAGCGAAGCGACGUUGAUAGCAAAGCAGCUUUCCUUGCACAUAUCGUGGCCAGAAAUGUCGCUUUGGGGCUGUGAGGAGCUCUACGUGACGGGUUUGCCUGGCGAUGUGACUGAACCAGAGCUGCGCGGUCUUUUUGGAGCGCAUGGGACUGUAAAGGAGGCUGUCAUCGUCAACAAGAAAGGGCCUUCUGCCCCAAAUGCUCCACAGUCUUGCAUCGUCAGGAUGGGUGCGCACCUGGAUGCCGUUAAGGCGAAGAAGGCGCUGCACAAGUAUGACUGGAUGGGCAAGCAGAUCAGUGUCAAAUGGUCUCACAACCAGCGUGUCCUAUGGGUUACAAACUUACACGAAAGCGUGACAAACGAGGUCCUCCACGCGGCCUUCACUCAGUUUGGCGCCGUGAGCAAGGCCGUUGUUGCUUGUGAUGCCCCCAACAACACCUCCAAAGGCUGGGGCUUCGUGUCUUUUGAGAACAAGCGGUUCGCCGUGAAAGCAAUUGAGUCCAUUCGCGAACGUCCCUUCCUCGUCGGCGCCGGCCCCAAGCCCGUUGUGGUCGACUGGGCUCGCAAUGAGGAGGUCAUCGAGGGCUUCAGCGAGGAGGUCCGCUUGGGCAGCAAGGGCCCUGGGCACGCCUCGUCGCCGCAGGACCAAGGGGGCCGCUUCCCGCCGCCCAACAGCAAGGAGGGCAUGCAGGGCGGGCGGCUGCUGGCGCUGCGGGCAGAGUACGAGGAGCUGCGUCGCGUCCUUAAGAUGCGCCUGUCUGAGGCUGAGAACCAAAUCAUAGUCACCGGCAACGCGCCACGCCUCAGCCACAUGCUGCUGUCCGAUCCCCACAUCGCGCCGCCGCCCGGCUACAUGCACGCGCCUCCGCCCGGGCACAUGGCUCCCCCGCCGCGGCCGCCCAUGGGACCGCCUCCGCCGGGCCCUAUGGGGCCGCCGCCCGGCCACAUGGCUCCUCCCCCCAUGGGGCCGCCUCCUAUGGGGCCGCCCCCGCCCAUGGGACCACCUCCCAUGGGGCAGCCCCCCAUGGGGCCGUACGGCUACCCGCCCGCGGCUGCCCCAGCUGGUCCUGGCUCCAUGAAGCGUGACUCGGAGUCGUUCCACCACGUGCCGCCGCCGAGCAAGCGCGCCAUGCAUGCGCACUCCACGGACCGCUUCAACCCCAACCCGAACCUCCAGUCCAAGCAGGAGCCCCAGCAGCACCAGCAAUCCGCCGGCCCCGCCUCGCACCAGCCGCCGCCGCCACAGCCGCCGCAGCAGCGACCUAGCUCGGCCUUUGUCCGCGGCGGUGAGCUGCACACCGUGAACCAGCCCAGGGAGCAGCAGCAACAGCAGCAGCAGCAACCCCAGCAGCAGGUUGGAGGCCACGGAGACGCGGGGCAUGCCGAGGGCAACACGGCGCCGCCGGCCGCAGGAGCGAAGGCGCCCGGUAGCCACGACCACGGCGGCAUUGGCUUCUCCGGCUCUCCCACGAACGCUGCAGCUCAAGCGAAGGGACCCUCGGGCGGCGGCAACGCCGCAGCCGCCCCACCUGCGCCGUACUUUGACGCCGCGGCGGCCGCUUCCAGGGCGCCGUACUAUCAGUAUCAGCAGUACAACACGGCUCCCCAGCAGCAGCAGCAGGCCCAGCAGGCGCCUGCUGCGCCUCCUACGGGCCAACCUGGCGCUUCGGCUUACAACGCCGCGCCACCGCCGCAGCAGCAACAGCAGUACGGUGCAUACGGCGCCCCUGCCCCAGGAGCCCCUGGCUCGCAGCCUGGAAUGGCACCUCAGCAGCCGCAACAGCAGCAGCAGGCUGCUUACCAGCAGCAGCCUACCGCCGGCGCGUACCCUCCGCCGCCGGAGCAACAGCAGCAGCCACAGCAGUACGCCCAGUACAGCGCUUACAACAACUACAACUACUACCAGCCGCCUCAGCAGCAGCAGCAACCUCAGCAGCAGCAGCUCCCCCAGCAGCCCGGCAGCAUGAUGCAGUUCCCGGGCGCCGUCGCGCCCCCUGCGGCGCCGACGGGUGCCGCCCCAGGCCAAGGCAUGCAGCAGCAAAUGUACGGUGCCCCGCCGCCUCCUCAGCAGCAGAUGUAUGGGGCACCGCAGGGCCAGAUGCAGCCUGCGCAGGGCUAUUACAGCUAAGGGCUGGGAUGAGGGUAUUGUUGGUGGAGAGUGCAUUCGCUGCACGUUUGUUGAUGUGAAAUAGGAUGUCGUGGCAGAAAAAGGUGAGAAGGGCGCGUUGUAGCGGUUUUGCCGGGUUGUCUGUCAUAGUAUGAUGCUCAUUGGUCAUAUGUUGCUCAUAUUUUUUCCGUUUAAUUUUAGACGAAAAUGGCAUCCAGGAAUGCUGACAUAUGGGCCGUUGCCUUCAUGGAUUUACACGUCGAUUUACUGACGGAAUCUGGCGUAAUGGCGAAAGUGUUGCUUCUCGGUUUCUUACAAGGAUGGACUCGCCUCCUGCGACAUUUGGCAUCCACUACGGGUGCUUUUAGCGACUGCAAGUAGGUGUUGCCUAUUACACAGCGGAGCUGAAUUACAAAUUCAGCUACAAAUAAUAAAUGUUUUAGCAAGUUGAAACCCUCCCCACAGGCGUAUCGUAAGGUGACGCCGACCCUUAUAUUAGACAUGUUUCGUCACUUCCAAAGAUGCCAUGGUUGGUAUGGGCGGCUGCCCGGUCUAUCGCCGUUCAGGGAUAUCCUUGACAUGAACUCCCACGGACCGGCUGCAGGUCGCCAUCACUCUUGGUGACUGUUGGUAUGUAACUAAGUUGAAACAAA